AGGUCAAAUCCGACUGUCACUGUAUUUCCGGGCCACUAACCCUUGAAUAAAAAAUAUGGGUGCAGAGCAAUCGGCGUUGUUGGCCUGCACUCAGACGGGAAUCCAUGAGGAGCAUAUGGAGCUGGUCAACUCCAAGUUGUUCUUUCGAUUGUACUUUGAUGCGAUGCCCCAGCCUGUGACGGGUCCAGUGACAGAAGCGCUCCUCCACUUGGUAGAAAACUUGCGCACGGCAGGGGUUAUUAAUGCUGACGAAACCCAAUCGAUCCAGGACGAAUACGAUAGCGGGGAAAGCGAUGCCAAUUCGGGGCUCAGUUGUGGCAGUGAAUUCUCGACAGAAACGUGUCAGGAAGUGGAAAUAGAACCCAUACAGAUAGCCCGAUUCGAGUCCAUAGAGCAAUACAAUGCGCCCAUUAAUGAGCCCGAUGAGACGAAUGCACUUAUGCUACCAUUGUUUAAAUAAAUGGAGAUUAAUUUAACAUAUGAAUUUAUGUACAUAACUAA